AUGGAUAAUAAAUUUACAAGCCGUAAAACUCUACAAAAACGUAGAACUAGAGAGAAUGAAACACAAAAUGAACGUGAAACACGUCUUGCAAGGAACCGUGAAUAUAAGCAGCGAAAAAGAGAGAAAGAAAAUGCUGAAGAAAAUGAGGCGCGUCUU